AUGUCUCUGCAAGAAUCCCUUGUAAUCACGGCACUCUGGUGGAUGCCGCAGGAUAAGGCGCUCCUCAGUGGCAAGAUUGGGGUUAUGCCACGUCUGAAUUGGUGGAUCUUCACGCGCAGGAGUAAUAUACCUUCGCAAUUGCACCAAUGGCUAUUGCUCGGAAGUUCUGUCAACAAUGGUCUUGUGUAUCGCCCUGCGAGUAAUUCCGUCAACUGUUGUCAUGCUCUCCUCCUGAACACACUUGCGAGCUCCCAUCUGUGUCACCCACGAGAGACAAAUGAGCUGGCGCUGACCAUUCACUGGAAGAGCCGAUUCCCCACGGGAUUCAGCAUAUCCGUCUCGCCAAAUGGGCGUCUUGCACGCCACUCUCAUCAACGUCACCUACGCCAGCCUUACCCAAUCAAGUAUAACGACCGUCCUAUCCGGUUCGACUCGGUCGAAGAAGCAGAUCCCAUGGCUGAGGGCCAGCAAGCAUCAUACCUUCUCGGCUUUUUUCUGGCGUCGAUCAGCGUCGGUCCUGUGGCCCUGUUCGUUGCUGCUGAGACUCCAAGGCUAUACUCUACCGCUCGAGCGUCCGAUCGGAUUGAGUGGACGGGCGUGAUAGGGUGA